GUUCUUGGGAAAACUGCUAACAUUUCUUUGAAAAACCCUGAUUGGAUUAAAAGUUUAGAAGAUGAAAUUAGUUUGGAGAGAGUUAAUAUUGGGCUGCCUUCAUCAACAAGUUCUACUUUGCUUUGUGAAGAUGCAGAAGUUACUGCAGACUACGAUAUGGAAGGUGAUGUUGAUGAUUAUAGUACUGAAGUAGAAGAAAUUCUCCCACAACAUCUACAGCUAGCUUCAGGCUCUUGUCUUGGAGCCUCACCUGCCUCUUCCCCUCAUUCAAGCCCUUGCCAGUCCCCUACUCCAUCUGAGGGUAUGCCUCCAACUCUUCCAUCAAGGCCAAGCAGGACACCUAAUAAGACUCCUGGACCUCCAGUGUCUUCUCAAGCAGAUUUUCAAUCUAUAACGCAACUAAAAGAGUCUACUCAAGGCUUGGAACCAAAACGCCCACCUCCACCUCGACCAGGAGUGCCUCCUCCUCGCCCUGCUCCACCUCAAAGACCCCCUCCUCCAUCAGGGAGUAAGAGUCCUGCACUUACUAGAAAAGAACUUGGAGGUUUUGGUGCUCCUCCCAGCCCUGUUGUAGCUAGGAGAGAAGAAGCUUAUAAUCAGUCUCUGCCUCCCACUGGACAAAUAAACACAGGAACAUCUGGACCCAGUACAUGUAGACCGAUUGUUCCUCCCCGAGCUGGAGUUAUUAGUGUACCACAAAGUCAUGUGCGUCCUUCUAUAGGUAAGCAUGUGCCUGAACUCCACCCUAAGCCACCAGAACUAACAACAGGUAAAAUUGGGUCACCUAUACUUCCUGAACCACUUAAACCACAAGGAGCAGUUCCUGUUCAACCCACCUCUGUUGUAAAGAUGCAGGAGCCACUUAUACCUAUGACAGCAACGUCUCAAGCAGCUUCUCCAGCAAACCUGGAGGCACCACCACAACCUCCCCCCCGCAGCAAAUCAUCCCAAAGUUUGCCUUCUGACAACAUUCCAUCACAAAAGCAAAUUAGAACAAAUGGAGUCCAUGCUGUUCAGCUUGAAACACAACUAAACAAUGAUCCUUUUGAAGAUCUGUCCUUUCAGCUGUUUUCUGAAUCUAAAAUUCAGUCAGUUCAAAUGUCACCGAUUGUAUCUUUAAGUCAAAAGAAGCUGACAAACCUGCCUUCUGCAACAGACAAUUUUAAUUUCAGUAGCAUAAGUACGCCACAUACACUAGCACACAGUAAAUCAGAGGUAUACAUGUCCAGUUCCCUGAAUCCAUUUGCUACCAGAUUAAACAGCACAAACCCUUUUACUGAAAAAAAUAUUACCACUGGAAAUCCAUUUAGAACUGAAUCUGAAGAAUUUGGAGCAACUUCACAUUGUUCAGCAGAAGGACCCACUUCUAAACCUUUUCCAUCUCUAAAGCCGCCUAUUCAUCAGAAAGGCAAAGCUACAUUUUAUGUUGAUACAUUUGAAGAUGAUUUUAGUUUGCAGAGUACAUCUUCUAUAUCUAACAAUGGAAAACAAAAAGGUUGGGUAACAUUUGAAGAGGACGAUUUAGUAUUAACCCUGAAACCAUUGGCCAAUCCCACUGAUUUAAAAAGAGCUUCUUCCCUGCAAACAACUUAUUUUUCACUGGGCACUGAACAAAAUAUCACUGACUCAAACAUUACUGUUUACAGUGGUCAUAACAAAAGUUCUGGAUCUUUUCAUCUAUUGCCAGCAAGACGCCCUCCGGCACCUCCUAUACCAUCCAGAUCUACCAACAGCAAUUCGACCACAGAUCCUUUAAUUUGUUUAGCACCUAAAACAUUACCGACACAAGAUUUUAUGGAAAGAUAAAUUAUUUAAGAUAUAAUUAUUUAAACUUGGUAGAAAAUAUUAGUUAAAAAAUAACUAAUAGAACUGGGCAUUGAUUUAAUUCUGUAUGUGCAAUACUUUAAUCAGAUGCACUGAACAUUAAUUCUUAGGUUACUACACAAAGGUGACAGGGUGGGGAAUCAUGCACAGAAUUAAUCUUAAGUAGUGAUCUCAUUCUGUUCCUUUAAUGGACACAAUGCAAGGAAAGUUAUGCUUGUUUCAAUUCCACUUUAGUUCAUAGGAAAGUAUAACUUUAAGUUUGUCUUUCAAGGCCAACAAGCAUGUAUUAGUUUCUCUGAAUAACGCACAUAAGAGUUUUAAACAAUUGUUUCUUGAACAUUCUUAUAUAAGAAUUUAAAUACCAUUUUAAAUGCCCUUUUGUUAGAACGUAGAACCACUUCCAGUAUCUGAUAACUGGUAUAUUUAUACGUAAGUAUUCACCAAAGAACUGUCAAAGUUUAAUUAAGAUGCCAAUUGUUUAAUAUUAAUGUUGGGAAAUAAAUUAUAAUAGAGGUUUAUGAAGAUUUGUAGAAGUGAAUUCCCCCAACAAUUGAAAUAAUUUUAAACAAUAUAUAGUAAUAUAUUUUUCCUAUCAUUGCACAUGCUUUGUUUUGCAGACACGAGAAAAUUUGUUGCAGCUUUAUUGUUAUUCUCCUCCUGACCUUAUUCUCAUUAUAUAGCUUUCUAUUCUAAUAUGAAUGUUGCUUUCUAAGUUGAAGGAAAUUUUAUAUUCAUUUUGAUAGGAAGAUCUGUCUAAAGUAAUUGGAUAGAUGGUCCAUAUAUUUCAACUCUCCUAGCUUUUUCCUUUACAAAUGUAUAGAAGUAAUGUCUCUCAAAUAUGGUAUCAAACAAAACAAUGGUUUAUGUACUAUUCUGACAAGUUAAAUAUAUCACUUUCCACAGACAAACAUCAGUGUUAUAGGUGAUGCUUCUUGAGGCAGAUUCUAUAAUCCUCUACAUAAUGCUUUGUAAACUUGCAAUAGUCUGCUUUCAAACUUUUUGCAACAGAUGGCACUUAAAUGUAGUAUUUUCAUGUUAUGAAGGAAAUAUAUGUCUGUCCCAUACUACUGUUAAGCAAGAUAGUCUUUUCUUAGUCAUAUUGUCACACCUAUUUAUAUUGCUUGCUUUUUUAAAUUUAUGAAUACCUUUUUUGAGAAGGACCAUGCUAAAUACGUCUGUUCCUUUUGCUGUAUUUGCAGACUGUUAUAGUAUGCUCUGUUUACAAAAUAUUUUCCUUUUGUGGUAUCUGAGUGAAGCACCUCAUUCCAUGGAGCAGUAAAAAUAAACCAUCAUUUCAAUUUCUCUAAUACUGUUCCAAUGUAUUUAUAUAAAUCAUAUCAUAUAACACUUCUACUCAUUAAAGAACAGUCAUUAUACAGUGACUUCUAUAUUGUGCUUUUAAAAUUGUACAUUUUGGAACAGCAGUAGAACUAUAAAUUUUCUGGUUCCAUAAUGUUAACAUCUGUGUUAUGCAUUGGUAUUAUAAUGUUAUCAACACAACUGUAUUCUCGGUAGUGCAAUUUUAUGCGGUCCUUGUUUGAACAUUUAAUUUCAGUUACUAUAGUUCUCCUAUUAAAUUUCAAAUACAGGCCUCAGCAUCUUCAGUGGAUUAUAAAAUCUGGCAGCAGAGUACCACAAAAAAUGCAACAAAGCAUGUAUGAGCAUAGGAUGAGUAGUUAUGUGUGCUGCUAAAGGAAAUCAAUAUUAGAGAGUCAAAGUUACAACAGUCUAAAAUCCUAUCUAUUUUCUUUAAGUGUUUUCCUGUGCAAAUUGCUUUGUUAAUGUAUAACAAGUUAUUGCUUGUGGUACACAAUAAUUGACUAUCUCCAUUACAAUAUUAAUAUUGAUGGUUUACAAUACUGCAUAUACAUAUACUGUGAAACAUGUUACUUUAUGAAAUAAAUUUUCCCAUUGUUAGGAA